AUUUCAAGACACUAGCUUUCUGCUCCGAUAGGAUUUCUUGCUCUGUUUUCAGCUCUUUCUAAUAAUUGAAUAGAACAUUUCUGCAACAAAACUUCAAAAUUCUGAUUUCCUUAUUUGGAUGCUUUCCAUUGUUUCUAAAUAUUUUAGAGCUGACUAUAUAUAUAUAUAUAUGUAUAUAUCUCAUUUAACAGAUGAGGAAACUGGUGUUAGUGAGGUUAAGUGACUUGGUGAUGGUCACAUCAGUAGAUAGCUAUGGAACGAGACUUAAAGGUGGUUUUUAACCCGGUACUUUGUCUAUUCAUGCCACACAUCAGCCUCUUCCUUUUCCUCCAUAAUGGCUUGAGCCCUGUGCACAUACGAGGAAGCAAGGUUUGUGAAUGGCCUUUUCCUAGACUAAUGCUGUUUUUCCUGCGGAACUCAGCUGUCCAGUUCUGCUCCCUUCCCUUGUUCCUAUCUAUUUUAGAGGGACUUCUCUGCCCUUUGUCCUAAAUUUCAUCUUUCUCAGUUUGAGUAAUUUUUUUUUCUUCUUGGUCCUAGGACAUUCUUAACUCUGCUUGGCACGAGAAAAUAGUUAACAAAUAGGAUUUGGCCACGUACUGUGCACAAGGUAUUGUGCUAGGUGCUGUGUGGUGUGAGCAGUGACUCAUGCCCUCACAAAGCUUACAAUCUAGUUGGAAAAGCAACACCUGGAAAAAAAGAAAACAGAUGACGAAUAGUACACAGUAGUCAUCAGUCUGUCUGUGGUGGUGCCAAAUGAGUAGCAGAAAUAAUCGUUUUUAAAGGAAGGCAUAACUAGAGUUCCUGAGGUGGAUUGGGAGGCUUCAUGGAGCAGGGAGAACAGGUGAGGGCUUGAAGGACGGGGAGGAAUUCAGUGGUGUGCUAGAGCAUGCCAGUAGCAGCUGGUGAAAGUCGUCCACGUCUCUUCUCAGCUCUGCAUCCGGUCACAUCACAUGAUGGGAGUAGUCACACCGGGAAGAUCAGCAAGUUCCACAAAUUAGAGCUCCUCCUCCCACACCUCAGAGAGCCAGAUGGUUCAACAUUUGCCAGCCCACCACCGCGUAAGAUUGAGAUUCUUGAACGGGAGUGGAGAGGCAUUUUUAAAGCAAGGAUCAGAGUAACAUGAGUAAAAGUCAAGGCAGGAAAUAUGAAGUCAUGUUUCAAGGCUGCUAAGCAGACUGGUUUGGCUAAAAGUAGAGCAUUCAUAUAGUAGAAUCCUGGGCAACAGGGUUGGAGAAAGUUCAGGGUUUUGAGAGCUGAAGAUUGUAGAUUUAAUGCCAUAGCCAAUGAAGAAUGAUUGAGAAUUUGUGUUCGUGGCUUACAUUUUUUUAGCAAAUUGUGACAUUAUUUCAAGAUACUUCCAAAUUACGGAAUAUCCUCAGCUAUACUAAUGUGACUAUAACAGGCAGAGUUGGGCCUAAAUGACCACCAUCAAAAUGAAGUUAUUAAUUAUAUGCGUUUUGCUCGUUCAAAAAGAGGCUUGAGACUCAAAACGGUAGAUUCUUGCUUCCAAGAUCUCAAGGAGAGCAGGCUGGUGGAGGAGACCUUCACCAUAGACGAGGUCUCCGAGGUCCUAAGUGGCCUGCAGGCUGUGGUUCACAGUGAGGUGGAGUCUGAGCUCAUCAACACUGCCUACACCAACGUGUUGCUCCUGCGGCAGCUCUUCUCACAAGCUGAGAAGUGGUACCUUAAGCUACAGACAGACAUCUCGGAACUUGAAAACAGAGAAUUACUAGAACAAGUUGCAGAAUUUGAAAAGGCAGAAUUUACAUCUUCAAACAAAAAGCCUGUCUUAGAUGUCGUGAAGCCAAAACUCGCUCCACUUAACGAAGGCGGAACAGCAGAACUCCUGAACAAGGAAAUUUUAAGGCUUCAAGAAGAGAAUGAGAAAUUGAAGUCAAGGCUGAAGACCAUUGAAAUACAGGCUACAAACGCAUUGGAUGAGAAGUCAGAACUAGAAAGAGCACUGCGAGAUUUACAGCUUGAUCAAGGAAAUCAAAAGGAUUUUAUAAAGGCCCAAGACUUGAGUGAGUUGGAAAACACAGUCGCUGCUUUAAAGAGUGAGUUUCAGAGAACACUAAGUGACAAGACAGAAAACCAGAAGUCCCUGGAGGAGAAUCUAGCGACAGCCAAACAUGACCUACUCCGGGUUCAGGAGCAGCUGAGCUUGGCUGAAAAGGAAUUGGAAAAGAAAUUCCAACAAACAGCUGCUUAUCGAAACAUGAAAGAGAUUCUUACCAAGAAGAAUGACCAGAUCAAGGAGCUGAGGAAAAAACUGGCAAAAUACGAACCUGAAGAUUAAAAGCUGAUGAAGAUUUCACCUGAAAGCUGCCACACACGAGUGUAUAAGCUGUUUUUCGCCUCAGGCGUGUACUUUGAAGCAUUUUGUUACAUUCCCUGCCUUUGUUUUUCUAAUAUUUAGACUUUGCUGUUAACUUCACCCCCACCAAAGAAUUGCUGUUUUUUCAGUUGCCUAAUUGACAAGAGAGAAAACCCCGAUUGCGGCCGGCCGUUGCAACACCUGUCUGCUGAGGGCUCCAGAGUCUUUAUUCAAAUGCAGUGACAGUUCUUUACAGUAAAGAGGAGAUUUUUUGUAGUGAGAAGAAGAGUCUUAACCUUUUGCAUUAAUAUAAAGGGUGUACCUUUUUAAUGAAUGUUAAAGAAGCUAACAAUGCCUAUACUUGUGCAUUCCCCAGGGUAAAUAUUAGUUAUUAAAGAUAGUUAUUACAAUAAACAUUAUUUUUAUUUUUUUAAAUGAAAUCUAAUUCAUUUUUUUGUUUGUUAGCUGAUCAUCAAAAAAUGUAUGAAUUCACUGAAAAAGUGAAUACCGUCUAUUAUAGGCAGCAUUUUUACCAGUCAUAGGGAAAAUUAAUAGUGGUGAGCAUGAGGAUUCAGUUAACUUCGGUCUCUCUAUCUAAAUGCUGUGCUUAUCCAAGAAGGUCUGGACAUUUUUCAGUACAGCUUAUCAUGAGUCUGUAUUGCUGAUGGAGAAAUCAAAUCCAUCCUCUACUUCGGUGGUUUAGAAGGUGUCUGGGCUCAGAACAAAUGUGAUCUUUAUACUUCAGUUUCUAGAAUUUUUUUUUAAAUUACACGUUAAGUAGGAAUACUUUUAAAAAGACUUAUAUUCAACAUAAAAUUAGUCACCAGACCUCAGAAUUGAACCUUGAUUAUAGUUUAUUUAUAUACAUCUACAGUAACUUCAUUUUCAAGAGACUUUAAUUAUAUUUCCAUUUCUCCUGAUUUUCUUUGGUGAUUUUGGAUAAAUCAUUGGAAAUUAGGCAUCAUACUUGGACUUGAGUGAUGCAACAAUAUACCAGAAGGAUUAAUAAAGUCCAUAAAGCGUUAAGGCCUCAGACGGAAAGCACUUUUCCUACAUUUAGUAUUUAGUAAUUAUUCCCACUUCCAAAAAGAGAGCAUCACUUACCCUAAAUGAACACCAUUCAUUUUAUUUCAUUCCUCAAAUGAAGAUUUUAUUCCUCGAGAAGUGUUUACUGAUCACAGGAUGAGUCUCGUUAUUAACUUUUAUUCAAGCCUUUAAUAUUAGCUUUGAGUUUAUCGUGUUUCUUGCAGGCUUUGUGUUGAAGUGUUGAAAAAAAGUGAUAAAAGGUAGGAUAAUUUCCCCCAGAGGGCACUGAGGCAGUCUUGAGAAGAUGAGUGGAUCACAGAAGGCGGGGGAAGUCCCACGACCCGCUGCCAUUUCCUGCAGGUUGUUUCCUUGCCUUUUUGGGUUGCUCAUCAGUCCCGGGUCCUUUUAGAGCUUUCACUGAGGGCUCCAGUCCUACCCUGUGUUUCUUUCACCCAAAAUUGAUACUCUGCAAAAAUCCAUUCUGUUAUUUGUGGCCCUGGGUAUUCUACAUAAUUCAGCAGCAGAACUCUUGAUGAGAUGGGUAGUGUAUUCUUCAGACACCAUUGAAUUGUGUUCUCACUACACCUUUCUCAGUUUGGGGCCAGCAGGGAAGGACAGGAGCUAUGUUGAGAAUCCUGCGCUGCUAGGGAGAGUUUCAACUGGUUUUUCUGGAGCAACUUUGGAACAUUCUGUAUAGUGUGUUCCAGUUGUUUGAUAAUAAGUUCAAAAGUAUUUCUGGAGGCUUAAAAUCUAACUGUACCUGGCAUUAAAAUAAACAAAUGUGAUGUUCUUUAACACAAAUCAACAUGAUGGUUCCUUCACGUAUAAACACAUUUUUAUGAUCCUGGUUUUGUCACUUUUGUUUCUUUUAACUCAUACCCUUAGCAAAAUGCUGUUUAAAAAAAAAAAGUUUUUAAUCAUUUGCUAGCUUUAAGAUUUAUCUCAUUUAACUGACAAAGCCUUUUUCAGUCUAUACAUUUUUGGUUUCCAAGAGCAUUGGUGCAAAGCCUCAAUUGACCUUUCAUGUGCUAAACUGUGUAGAUAGUCUACACCUUGGCGGCCAUCACAGUGCAGCUUUGGUGUGACUUGAAAUGUCUUCACUUCUAAAUUAUUUUCAGACCCUUUGUAGAGUAAAAUAAAAUGUAAAGAGUUGUUACUAAUUUCUUCUGUUUGUCAUCUAAGUGUUUAUUUUUUCAAAUCAUGUAUUAUGAGUCUGUAUUAAAUGUUUAAAUGAGGAUU